GGCAUCAGCUAGUCAAUCUGCACAUGUGUCUUUUUAAAAGGGAGCAAGAGAGGGUGGUGCACGCACGAAUUGGACCUUGUUCCUAAUAGUUUGGCUUUAGUUAGGAACAAAGUAUAGAUCAAGUCAAUUUUAAAUCUUUCAAGUGAAUCAUAACAGUGUCAUGAAGUGGGGUUGGGUACUGCUGGGGGUUCUGCUAACUUUUGGCUAUCUGUGCUGGAGCGAGAAGGGUCUGGAUUUCCCCGAAUAUGAUGGCAAGGACCGCGUCCAUCAGCUGACCAUCAAGAACUACAAGUCUGUGAUGAAGAGAUACGAUGUCAUGGUCAUCUACCUUCACAAGCCUGUGGGAGAGGACCGCAUGUCCAGGAAGCAGUUUGAAGUGGAGGAACUAGCUUUAGAGUUGCUAACGAGUCCCGCAGCCCUGACGUACCAGCUUGCUGCGCAGGUGCUUGAUGAUCUUGACGAUGAAGACAUUGGAUUCGGCCUGGUGGACUCAAAGAAAGACCGAGCUGUUGCUAAGAAGCUGGGUCUGCUGGAGGUGGAGAGCAUCUACAUCUUUGCAGAUGACGAGAUCAUCGAGUACGACGGAGAGCUGGCGGCCGACACGCUGCUGGAGUUCCUCUAUGACGUGAUCGAGGAGCCUGUGGAGAUCAUCAGUAAUGACAGAGAGCUCAAAGGCUUCCAUCACAUCCAGGAGGACAUCAAACUCAUGGGCUACUUCAAGAGCGCCAAAUCUUCACACUUCAUUGAGUACGAUGACGCCGCUGAAGAGUUUCAUCCCUUCAUCAAGUUCUUUGCCACAUUUGAGCCAAAGAUUGCUAAGAAAUUAAACCUGAAGAUGAAUGAAGUGGAUUUCUACGAGCCCUUCAUGAUCAAACCCGUCACCAUCCCUGGCAAACCCUACACGGAGGACGACAUCGUCAGCUUCAUCGAGGAGCACGACAGGCCAACUCUAAGAAAGCUGGAGCCCCACAGCAUGUAUGAGAUCUGGGAAGAUGAUAUUAACGGACAGCACAUCGUGGCCUUCGCUGAGGAGUCUGACCCUGAUGGUUAUGAGUUCCUGGAGAUCCUGAAGGAAGUGGCUCAAGAAAACACAGAGAACCCAGACUUAAGCAUCAUCUGGAUCGAUCCUGACGACUUUCCUCUGAUGGUGCCGUACUGGGAGAAGACCUUCGGCAUCGACCUCUCGUCUCCUCAGAUCGGUGUGGUGGACGUCGAGGACGCUGACAGUGUGUGGAUGGAGAUGGAUGAUGAAGAGAACAUGCCGACCGCAGACGAGCUCGACACCUGGAUCGAAGACGUGAUGUCUGGAAGAAUCAACCCUGGUGACGAAACUGACUCCAACCAUGAUGAUGACGAAGAGGAGGAUGACGAAGAUGAUGACGAAGAUGAUGAGGGUGAUGACGACUACAACGAUGAUGAUGAUGAUGAAGAAGAUGAUGAUGACGAUGAUGAUGACGAUGAAUAAAUGAUCUCAGUGUUCACGUCCU